CCACCCUGAGCCACGCUACUUUGUUCCGCUCGGCCCCAGCGUGCGGGUCCCGUGUGUGUCAGAGGAGGCAAAGAAGCUCACCCCCCAGCCGCCGCCAUGCCGCCGCUGCGCUCCCUGGUGGUGGUCCUGCUGCUCGCCGCCUUCCUCGCCCACUCUCUGCCUCAGGAUGGCCCGAGCCGAAACUUAGACUUUACUUUUGCGGACAAGACGAGGGUGCUGGCCAGCAGGGUGUCAGGCCGUGACCUGACGCGACCUCGGCGACAAUCUUCGUCAAGCAGGCUCGUGGACUACCAAGGAGGCUCAGGAAAGCUGGAGUACAAGGACGAGAGAGACAUGGACGAGCCUGGGACUGACUCGGCUGGACCCGCAUUUGAUAUAAGUGAAAGGAGUUGUCCCGGGGACAACACAUACACGUGUGUGAGCGGCGAUACAAUUUGUAGAGUGAAUAUUUGCGACGGCAAUAGGGACUGUCCGGAUGGGGACGACGAGCAGGACUGUGAGUGCAGCGCCGACAAGUUCCUUUGUGAUAAGACCAAAUGCAUACCUAAUACUUGGCUCUGUGAUGGCGACGAGGACUGUGAGGACAAGACAGACGAACAGGACUGUUCAGCUACGUGUGCAUCGCCGAAGAAUUUCACCUGUAGUGACGGCACGUGUGCUGCAAGAUGUGACGGCAACUAUGAGUGUCUCGACAACGCUGAUGAAGAAAACUGUCCUUCUACCACUACCACCACCACCCCCACCCCCCCCAUCACCACCACUACUCCUGCUUUUAAGUGCAGUAACGACGAGUUCCUUUGUGAUAACACCAAAUGCAUCCCGAAAGACUGGCUCUGUGAUGGCGACGAGGAUUGUGAGGACAAGACAGACGAACAUGACUGUUCAGGGUGUGGUGCGGGCCAGUGGCAGUGUAGAGACGGUGGCUGCAUCAGUGAAAAGGACCGCUGCGAUGGCUGCGUUCACUGCAGGGACGGCUCGGAUGAGGAAGGCUGUCGACCUAAGCGCUGCCGCCACUGGGAGUUCAGGUGCCGGGAUGGUUCGUGUAUCAACAAACGAUUACGCUGCAACGGCCGCCGAGACUGCCGCGAUGGCUCCGACGAGUGGCAAUGCAGACCACAUUGGCCAUGGCACCAUGGGCGGAACAGAUUUACGGAGGCCGAUCCUAACCUAAGGGAGGAGGCACUGCUGUAAGCCGAAAGCAACCCACCCAUCAGGACACUUGACGGAGAGGCACUACUUGACCCGACGGAGGCAGUGUGUGGAGGCAGGCGGGGAGGCCUUGGGAAGAUGAUGAACUGCUCUGUAGUGCCGGUGUAGCGGACCAGAAGCUACCCCGGAGGAUAAAUUCCCAAAGCAACACCAAUGGCUGACUCCUUAAGGCACAAAACUCUAAACAAGACAUAUCUGUGCGGCCUGCAGUGCUUAAGGUAUUCCCCAGGCUGUAUGACGCAGUCAGUCAGGCAAUCAGUCCUCAGUUCACUCAGCGUCAGGGUACAGUGUACUCACAAAGUGUAUACACUGUAACAUGAGUCUCUGCGGACUGGACGCGAUGGCCCAACGUUUUAUUCAUUUCUCGGCUGCGUGUUGCACAACACACUAAACUAGCUACAUCUUUGAGGUCUGCGGGGUUCAGGAGAUAUGCAA